AUGGGGCUCCCGCUCAAGCUCCUCACCGGGCUGGUUUUGUUCUGCAUCAUUCCCAGCAGCCUCGCAAUUAAAUGGUUCCAGCCCAAUCAGUGGGUUGUAAUAAAGCCAACAGAUGACCUGUCGCUCCGGGUGCUCACCCACAACAUCCGCUAUGCCACAUCAUGGCCCUUUAAAGGUGAGAAGCCGUGGGCGGAUCGGAAACAGGGGCUCCUGAACGAGCUGGUCUACAACACGCAGCACAUUCCAGAGUCCUUUAUUUGCUUGCAAGAGGUUCUUCAUGUGCAAAUGGUGGACAUUCUAUCCGGCCUGAACAGUGCUGCUGCCACUGAGGAAGACAAGUCCCCGUGGGCUUAUAUUGGAGUUGGUCGGGAUGAUGGCGAGGAGCGGGGAGAAUACUCUCCCAUCUUUUACCGACCUGCUAUCUGGAAGCUUCAACACUGGGAGACUGUCUGGCUCUCCGAGACCCCACAGAAGCCUUCAAAGUCGUGGGACGCGGCGUCUAUUCGCAUCGUGACGAUCGGCUUGUUCAAACACCGCACCACAUCCAAAACAAUUCUAGUUUUAAGCACGCAUCUCGACGAUCAGGGCUCUCGGUCUCGGUUUGAGGCAGCGCAUAUUAUUCUCCGUAAAAUCAACGAGUAUCUCCACCGCGCGGGUGGAGAGCGCAUUUCGGGAGUCGUCUUGUCCGGCGACUUCAAUAGCGAAGAGCACCAGGAGGCAUACCAAGUGCUCACUGCCGCUAAUUCGCCGCUAGUAGAUAGUCAUGCAUUGAUCAGUCCAGCAGAGCACUACGGCAAUGAAAUCACGUGGACUGGGUUUGGGUAUGAGGAUGAGGAGCCGAAAAGAAUUGACUACAUUCUCCUCGGGCCUGUGUGUCGCACCCGGGGCUUGCCUUGGACACCACGGGGGUAUGCAGUGUUGCCCAAUCGUUUUGAAGAUGGGGUUUUCAACUCGGAUCAUCGCGCGGUGGUAGUUGACGCAGUUAUCUAG